AUGCAGAGUCAGAGCUGUCCUAUUGGUGGAUGUAGAGGCAGAGCUGUCCUAUUGGUGGAUGUAGAGGCAGAGCUGUCCUGUUGGUGGAUGCAGAGGCAGAGCUGUCCUAUUGGUGGAUGCAGAGGCAGAGCUGUCCUAUUGGUGGAUGCAGAGGCAGAGCUGUCCUAUUGGUGGAUGCAGAGGCAGAGCUGUCCUGUUGGUGGAUGCAGAGGCAGAGCUGUCCUAUUGGUGGAUGCAGAGGCAGAGCUGUCCUAUUGGUGGAUGCAGAGGCAGAGCUGUCCUGUUGGUGGAUGCAGAGGCAGAGCUGUCCUGUUGGUGGAUGCAGAGGCAGAGCUGUCCUGUUGGUGGAUGCAGAGGCAGAGCUGUCCUGUUGGUGGAUGCAGAGGCAGAGCUGUCCUGUUGGUGGAUGCAGAGGCAGAGCUGUCCUAUUGGUGGAUGUGUGUCACGCUGGAGCUGCACCUGGCCACCUGUUUCCAGCGUCUGAUGUUCUCACUCCUUCUCCAGGUGUGUCACGCUGAGCUGCACCUGGCCACCUGUUUCCAGCGUCUGAUGUUCUCACUGCUUCUCCAGGUGUGUCACGCUGGAGCUGCACCUGGCCACCUGUGUGUCACGCUGGAGCUGCACCUGGCCACCUGUUUCCAGCGUCUGAUGUUCUCACUGCUUCUCCAGGUGUGUCACGCUGAGCUGCACCUGGCCACCUGUUUCCAGCGUCUGAUGUUCUCACUCCUUCUCCAGGUGUGUCACGCUGGAGCUGCACCUGGCCACCUGUUUCCAGCGUGUGUCACACUGGAGCUGCACCUGGCCACCUGUUUCCAGCGUCUGAUGUUCUCACUCCUUCUCCAGGUGUGUCACGCUGGAGCUGCACCUGGCCACCUGUUUCCAGCGUCUGAUGUUCUCACUCCUUCUCCAGGUCAGUGUUCUGUAGGUCAGUGUUCUGUAGGCCAGGUAGGAGUAGAACUAGUUCUAUUGGCUGUAGGUCAGUGUUCUGUAGGUCAGUGUUCUGUAGGUCAGUGUUCUGUAGGACAGGUAGGAGGAGAACUAGUUCUAUUGGCUGUAGGUCAGUGUUCUGUAGGUCAGUGUUCUGUAGGACAGGUAGGAGUAGAUCUAGUUCUAUUGGCUGUAGGUCAGUGUUCUGUAGGUCAGUGUUCUGUAGGUCAGUGUUCUGUAGGACAGGUAGGAGUAGAACUAGUUCUAUUGGCUGUAGGUCAGUGUUCUGUAGGUCAGUGUUCUGUAGGACAGGUAGGAGUAGAACUAGUUCUAUUGGCUGUAGGUCAGUGUUCUGUAGGUCAGUGUUCUGUAGGCCAGGUAGGAGUAGAACUAGUUCUAUUGGCUGUAGGUCAGUGUUCUGUAGGACAGGUAGGAGUAGAACUAGUUCUAUUGGCUGUAGGUCAGUGUUCUGUAGGUCAGUGUUCUGUAGGUCAGUGUUCGGUAGGACAGGUAGGAGUAGAACUAGUUAUAUUGGCUGUAGGUCAGUGUUCUGUAGGUCAGUGUUCUGUAGGUCAGUGUUCUGUAGGACAGGUAGGAGUAGAACUAGUUCUAUUGGCUGUAGGUCAGUGUUCUGUAGGUCAGUGUUCUGUAGGUCAGUGUUCUGUAGGACAGGUAGGAGUAGAACUAGUUCUAUUGGCUGUAGGUCAGUGUUCUGUAGGUCAGUGUUCUGUAGGACAGGUAGGAGUAGAACUAGUUCUAUUGGCUGUAGGUCAGUGUUCUGUAGGUCAGUGUUCUGUAGGCCAGGUAGGAGUAGAACUAGUUCUAUUGGCUGUAGGUCAGUGUUCUGUAGGUCAGUGUUCUGUAGGACAGGUAGGAGUAGAACUAGUUCUAUUGGCUGUAGGUCAGUGUUCUGUAGGACAGGUAGGAGUAGAACAUUCAGGACUGUUCUCUAGGGCAUCAUGGUAGGAGGCAG